CAGUAGCUGUUUACUCGGAUAGGUAAUAGCCUGCUUAUCAAACAACUUGAGAAUCAAUGUUAACUGCUGCUCCACUGUCUGUAAACAUUUUAUGAUAAAGUGAUGAAAAUGCACCUUUUGUAAAAAUGGCGAAUGAAGCAUACCACAUCGGCGCGUCAAUUGCUUCAGAAUCGUACCUGAAUAGCGGGAAAUUAAUUGCCAUCGCUAAGCGUUCGGGAGCAGAUGCCAUUCAUCCUGGCUAUGGCUUUUUGUCGGAAAACGCAGAUUUCGCAGAUCAGGUUUUGCAAGCAGGCGAUAUUCAGUUUAUUGGCCCGAAACCUGAGAGUAUACGUACUAUUGGGGAUAAAAGCGCUGCUAAGGAUUUUAUAAAAGAAUAUGCGCCUUCCAUUCCAUUGAUACCUGGAUAUAACGGGGAAGAUCAGUCUUUAGAAAGAUUAACUGAAGAAGCGAAAAAGAUCGAAUUUCCCAUCCUUUUAAAGGCAUCCGCAGGUGGCGGUGGGAAAGGCAUGAGAGCCGUGUAUAAUAAGAACGAUUUAGAAAAAGAAAUAGAAGCUGCAAAAGGCGAAGCACUUCGGUCGUUCGGUUCAGAUAAACUUAUAAUUGAGAAAUAUUUUGAAAGCAUCAGACAUGUUGAGAUCCAAAUAUUUGGUGAUGAAUACGGUAAUGUUUACCAUAUUAAUGAACGCGAUUGUUCUAUUCAACGGAGGCAUCAAAAAGUAGUAGAGGAAACACCUUCCCCUGCACUCGACGAAGAACUUCGAAAAAUUAUGACCAAUGCGGCGGUUGAUUUAGGUCGUAAAUUAGGUUACAUCGGCGCGGGUACUGCUGAAUUCAUCCUUGAUGAAAAAUCUAGAAAGUUUUAUUUCUUGGAGCUAAACACGCGGUUACAAGUUGAGCACCCUAUUACUGAAGCCAUUUCAGGUUUAGAUUUAGUCGAGCUUCAGUUAUUAGUAGCUCAAGGUGCAAAUUUAAAAGAAUUGGGCGUCCUUGACAAUCUUCAAUUCCAUGGUCAUGCCAUCGAAGUAAGACUAUGUGCCGAAGAUCCUGAUCAAGAUUUUGCACCACGCACUGGUACUAUUCAUAAAUGGAGUACUCCUAUUCAUAGUACGCAAGAACAGAUGCCAGGUGUUCGAUUUGAUACGGGCAUUGAAGAUGGCUCAGAAAUCUCUAGCUAUUACGAUUCCAUGGUUGCCAAAGUUGUUGUCCAUGCUCCUACUCGUUCUGAAGCUAUUCGUCGUAUGAUAACUGUCUUAUCCCGCACAAUCAUUGUAGGCAUCACUACGAAUCAAAAACUUCUGCUUGAAAUUAUGAAAAAUCCUUGUUUUCAUUCGGGUACUUUUGAUACCAACUUUAUCUCUAUUGAAAAAGACCGCUUGUUCCCUCAAGUCCAAGUGGUGGAAUAUUACAAAAAUGCGAUAGUGGCCGCUCUUUUAUUUGAUUGGAGCGUACGUCGUAACCAACAGACUCAUUUACGAAACGUCCAAGCAGGAUGGCGUAAUGUUUAUUGGCGACAUAAGAGGUUAGAUUUUGCCUUGGUUAGCGAUAAGAAUUAUGAGCUGCAAAUACAAUAUAAAUACCUCGGCGAACCCGACCUCAAUAAACGGCAUCAAUUCGAAGCUCAAAUAGCACUUAAGAAAGAUUUACAGCAAACUGAAGAUUUACCAGAGUUGCCAAUUGCUAUCACACUAUUUGAGUGUGAUGUAGGCCAGCAAGUCCCUAGCUCUCGAGGAAUAAAAGGAUGUAAAGGCUUAAUACGCUGUACAAUUGAUGGCGCUCAACAGCAUUUUUAUGUUGCUGAAGAUAUCAAGGAUGUAAAUGAAAAAUCAAUAUUCGUUCAUGAUUUCCAUCAUGGACACCAAAUAGAGCUAAUCAAAAUGGAUCGUCUAAGAAGCAAAGUGGAUGCCACUGAAGUUGAUAAAGUCACUCCUUAUACAACUUCAAUGCCAUGCAGGAUCCUCAAAAUAUUAACUCCUACUGGUACCAUGGUUAAGAAAAAUACACCACUUCUAUCUAUCGAGUCAAUGAAAACUGAGAUCAAAAUUCUUAGCCGUCAUGAGGGAAUCGUUACUAUGAACGUUGAAGAGAAUCAGUUGGUGGAUGCUCGAAUCUUAUUGUGCUCUAUAAAUGACACACAAAAAAAAACAUAAAAAUGCUAUCAAGUUGCCGUGAUAAGGAUGACUGUAAGUUUUAAUUAUUUAAUAAAUUCUCUUUAUUCCUCGCAUUCGAUUGUGGGUUAUAUUGUAAGUGAGAUGCUUCCUAUCGUCCUUCAAAAUAUUUACACUCUCAGGUUCAGUUUAUGUUCCAUGGCUGUAUGAACAUCUAGCAUGUCGGUUGACAUAGUGGGAUCUAUUGUUUAAGAAGGCAAGAUAAAUUUU